CAACCAUCCCACACUGCAAAACAAACAGAGUUGAAGAAGAGUGCAGGAGGAAGAUGGAAGCAUACAAAAGAUUUGUGAUAUUGGCGCUGGUCCUGGUUGUAGCGGUGGUGGCAAAUGGGCAGGGCAGCAUAUGCCGCAUGACCCAAGAUGGGUUGACAGCCUGCAAGCCAUCCGUGAGUGGGCAGAGCCCACUCCCGCCUUCGCCCGCUUGCUGUGCGGCCAUUUCCAAGGCAGACUUGCCAUGUCUCUGCUCCUUCAAGAACUCCGCGCUCUUGCCCUACCUGGGAAUAGACCCGAACAUGGCCACGCAGCUCCCGGCCAAGUGCAAUAUCGUCACCUCAACCCACUGCUGAAACCUUGCAUGAAUGAAUAAUUUGUUCGUGGAAUUAUCAUUUGACUUUGUGUUUAGGAUGCUGUUUUUCUUCUUGUACGUUCUGUGUUGUUUUUACUUUGCGUUUGUUGCAUGUGUGCCCUACGUUUUGUAUUACCGUGUAAUAUUACAAGUCCGGUGACUUCACAAAUGUUACUGCUUGGUUUCUUAGUAAUAUUGCUUUUUAAUUUCCAAA